ACACCAAUGUCACCACCAUAUCAAUGCGCUGGCCAUACAGGAGAGGCAUCAACUACAUACUGAAACAGUGCAGGACUUAAAGGAACGUCGUUCAUUCCAAUUCUUGUCCACAUACAACCGGUCCACCUACACGGCCUCCACCUCCGUGGUCUGGCUUGGGGAUGCUCCAUCUCCCCGCCUAGUCGACAUCACCCGAACACAGCAAGCCUCCUCUUUGUUUAGAACCUCGACCACGAACAUGGACUACUCCGCCAUUCCCACGGAAGCGGAUGCUCUUCACGGAUCGUCUCCUUGGGGCUCCUCAUCUCCGCGCGCCGACAGGACCUAUCCCGCAGCCACCGGUCCCCCAGAUUCCCCCGUCCCUCGAGGACAUUCAUACGGUCAAUCACAAGAUAGUCUACCAAGCACUCCGUAUCUGGCAGCACCUGGUGCAGACAGCCCCACAGAGACAUCACAGCAAGUAGAAGGUGAACAUAUCCCGGGGGCGCACGAAGGGGAGGAGCAUGCUCGCGAGGAUGGGCAGGCGCCAAUAUCAGGUCAACAAUAUACCGGUCAAGCUCAGCAGCGCCCUCAAGCUGCCAGAUACCACAGCACGAAACCACAGAGGCCUGUACCGCAGUACAGGUUGCAGGCCAAGGUCACAGCUCUAGAAAGAACUGGGCGGAAGGAUCCAGUCAUUCGCUUUGAUGUUUAUACCAAUCUCCCCAAGUUCCGAACAACUCAGUUCCGAGAUGUCCGCCGAACACAUUCUGAAUUCGUGAAGCUUGCCGACCACCUAAUAUCUGCGAACCCUGAAGCGCUCGUUCCUGCGGUACCUCCCAGUAUCACAUCCGCUGGUGCUGGAACCGACGAGGACGAAGUCCGUGUCAAGAAUUCCAUACAGAGAUGGCUGAACUCCGUCUGCAUCAACGACGUGCUGAUGCGCGAUGAAGAGAUGGUUUUCUUUGUGGAGAGUGAUUUUGGAUACUCGCCUGUGGUAAGAAUGAAGCAGCCAGCCACUGGGGUGAGACGGAAGGUCCUGAAACAAUUCGCACCUCCACCCGACGAUACACCCGAGCUGCACGAGGCCCGGCCCGUGGUGAAGAUGUUCUACUUGGGUUCUCUGGAUACAAGUCAGAAGCUCGAGAAGGUCGUGAAAGCCAGAAGAGCCCUCGGUCUUGCCGAGUCCUCCUUGGGCGAGAAAUUGACGCUGAUGCACGUACAAGAAACGCACUCCGGUCUUUCCACGGCCUACCGUAAACUCGGCCGCAUCAUUCAGACGUGCGGCGACUAUCACGCGGCGCAAGGAACCGCUGAAGCCACCACCCUCGGCGACUCGCUGACCUACCAUUCCAACGACGCAUUCAUCGUCAAAGAAACACUCACCAACCGACAUAUCCUGCUGCGCGAGCUCGUCCAAGCCGAAGCAGGCCGACGCAGCAAAGAAAGCGCGGUGCAACGCCUCAAAAGCAGUUCCAAUGUCCGACGCGACAAGGUGGACGAGGCGAUAUCCUCGCUUGAUGAAGCUGUCAGCCAAGAGAAUUACCUCCGGGCCAAGACCCAGCGGGUCACGUCGAAUCUGCUGCUCGAGAAGCGCAGAUGGUUCGACCGGACUACCAACGACUUCAUGUUUUCGCUGAGAGAAUAUGUGCUGCGCCAAAUUGAGGCGGAGCGUAGGACUCUGGCCACACUGGAGUCCGUCAGGCCUGAUGUGCGCGCGAUCGAUGCUACAGGUGGUCUAAGCAGACUCGGACGAGAGAAUCAUCCUGUGGUGAGGAGAGUCAGUCAGGCCAGCAGCCAGGGUGCCAAGGGCGAUGCAUGGAGUGGUGUGCCACGGAGCAGGGACGCCAUGACUCGCAGUCUGAGUGGAAGUUUUGGGCCGGGAACUAUACCUGAGGUGGAGGAGAAUGGUACUGGCUCUGAGGCCGGGACAAAUGGUAGGCCUAGAAGCGGCACUGCUGCCAGUUUGGAUCGUGUCAAGGAAGACGAGGAUGAUGAUCGUGUCGAUGCUAGGAAUGCGGCAAGUCGGCUGGCUCAAAGCACGUUUUAAUCACAAUAAGUGCACGAAUGGUAGAAGCGAAGACCAUAUCAAAGCAAUUAGCAUUAUUCAGUCUGUUUUUUAUCCAAGCUCCCCCGAAUUGUCAGCCUAUAAGCUGUCUGCAAUGUAGCCAGCCUGGAAAGUUCCCACAGUGUUCAAGUGCUUUUUGUAUGUUGGAUCUGUUUGCUUUUGGUUGGGGACAUUAAGGCAAAACAAGGAGAGAACACAC